CUUCCUGCUCCGCCCCCGUGCCGUCUCCCCCGCCACGGUCGCCAUGACGCGCUCCAAAACCUUUCAGGCCUACCUGCCCAACUGCCAUCGCACCUACAGCUGCAUUCACUGCCGAGCGCACCUGGCCAAUCACGAUGAGCUCAUCUCAAAGUCUUUUCAAGGGAGUCAAGGCAGGGCAUAUCUCUUCAACUCAGUGGUGAAUGUGGGCUGUGGCCCAGCGGAGGAGAGGGUACUGUUGACCGGUCUCCAUGCGGUGGCCGACAUCUACUGUGAGAAUUGUAAAACCACUCUGGGCUGGAAAUAUGAGCAUGCCUUCGAAAGUAGUCAGAAGUACAAGGAGGGCAAAUUCAUCAUCGAGCUGGCCCACAUGAUCAAGGACAACGGAUGGGACUGAAGACCCUGAGCUCUCCAUCCUCGAGGCCCAUAACGCUGGAAAGAGACAUGCAGCAUAUGAAUAAUUGGUUUCAUUAUCUGGCUGUAACUUCCUCCCUGGAAAUCUAUCUACCUGACACACACCUCUAAACCUUGAGGGUGCAAGGUUCAUAGCAGCAGCAGCAGCGCUCCCCCCAUCCCAUGUGUGUGUGUGUGUGUGUGUGUAUAUACACACAUAUAUACGCGUUUGACUGGACCAAUAUGUGCCAGCUAGACACCAAGUGUUUAUAUUAUGUGAGUAUUUUCCUAUUCUAUUCAAGGGAGUGCACAAAUCGACAUUUGCUUUCCUCUGGGUUGGCCGAGGUCACGCUCAGGUUUAACUAAUGGCUGGAUCCAUGGUAAAAGAAGGGUGAAAGACGAACCCACUUAGCACGGCACCUUUUAACUCAUUGGUGUUUUAAACAAAGCAAAAACACACUAAAACGGAAGCGUCAUCCAUUUGUUUCCCGUACGUGUCUUUAUUUCUUCUAGUCUUGUCAUUAUCAUUUGCAUGUUGUUUAUUUAUACGUAUAUUUAUUGAUUUUGACGUGGUUGGUAAACCGUAGCAACCACAGUGGUCUUUGACUAGUGGAAUUAGCCAUGUUUGAUAGAGGCUUGUACGUACACUUCCUCUCCAGAUUGUCAUCUGUCUCCUUUUGAAUGUGGUUAUGGAGUAAAUGAGGCAUUCGUAUGCCAUUUAUAGGGCACAGGUCGCGUACGUUAGCUAGCACGAGGCGUUCUUACAGCCUGUGAUGUCACAUUCGGUCUCCAAACCACAAAUCAUGUGGUAAACCAGACUUUCUCACAUCGUGUUUUGCGGAAGAACGAGAUUGGCGGCUUGUAAACGUGGCCAUAGAACAAGGUAAUCGUCAAUAAAAAGCCUUGGCGCAACCAAAGACUCGUUCAUCAACUAGACGCUGACCAAACCGAGUCUGAUUUCCUGAUUUUGGUUCAGUUGUAUUAUCAAGUCGAUUUUCAAUGAUUUUUGGUGUUAAUGUCUUAUUUUAUUGCGUGUGUAUUUAUGAUCAGUCAUCAUGUAUUAUUUUAGCACUCUGUAUUUAUCGCUCUGUGGGACCACUCCACCGAUUCCAACUUUUUUUUAUAUAUGUAUCACUUCAGAUGCUUUUUUUCAUGGAGAAAUCUAUGUGAGAUAAAAUUGGAAUCAGUAUUUUAGUCUGAUAUCAAUAAAGCUCUCAUUUUACGAA